AGUCACACGCGCACAGUCCGACGAUCCCAGUUCUCGAGGACUCCAAGGCGUAGGAAACUACUUAAAAAAAAUUCCCCAGGAAAUCACAUGGAGGUGCCGAUGUACUCACAUGACAACCUGAACUAUGGAAGGGGGGAUAAAUGAAGGAUCAGUGCCUUCAUAUUACCGGGAAGUGCAUCAAGCCCUCUGCAGCAGGGCAGAUGAACGAGUGCAGACAGAUGUGUUCCACAGACUCCUCAGCAGGACUCAGCUCUCCCUAGAUUUGCAGAACCAGAUAACGGAGCAUGUAGAUGAUGGUAAUGGUUUCCUAAGUAAGGUGUCCCUCUAUAAAGCCUUGGCUCUAAUUGCUCUUGCUCAACAAGGGAAGCAACCGAGUCCCAAACUCUUGGAAAACUGCAUACAAGAGUUCCCUAAGCCCCAUCUGGGAGAGCCAAAAGAACUGCAGAGCCUGAAGCUACAGGUGGCUCAGGAGAACCCUCUUCUCAUCUCUUUGACUUUGCCUAACCUGCUGGGCAAGGACUCUAUAGAGGUGGAGCUCAUCCCUGAGAAGAAAGGCCUGUUUCUCAAACAUGUGGAGUAUCAGGUCACCAGCGAGCGCUUCAAAAUUUCCGUGUACCGGCGUUACAGUGACUUUGAUGUCUUCCAUGAACUGCUGCUACAGAGAUAUGCCUACAGAAUGGUUCCUGCCUUACCACCCAAAAGGGUUCUCAAAGGAGUCCUGACUUCUGUGUCAGAGCGAGAGUUCAUCGAGGGACGCCGGCGUGGUUUGGGCAGGUUCCUGAACCUCGUGGCAAGGCAUCCAUUCUUCUCUGAGGAUGAGCUUGUGAAGACGUUCCUCACUUUCAAUGGCUCGGACGUCCAAACAAAGCUGCGUGAUGCUUUCAGGAAAAUGGGAGAUGAGUUUAUGACAUGCAGACACGCAACCCAAGCCAAGGACUACCUCCCUGUGGACAUUCAGUCUCUGUUUUCUGCAAGCAGAGAGCUGAUCAGAAAUAUCCACACGAGCUUCCAGAAGUUUCGCGACCGGGCGGAGAGAAUGGCUGAGCGCUCCAAGGAGAAUGCCACAGAUCUGCUGAUGUUGGGGAAGGAGCUUGGUGCCCUAGGUUCCGACCCCUUACCUGUACCGUCUUUGGAUUGCUCCAGUAACAUGUGGGGAGACCUGAGGCACUCGCUCCAUAGCCUAUCCUCUGAGUUCUCCCUGCUGGCUGACAAAGCUGCCCGAAAGGGGAGAAGAGAAGAGGAUGAUGUGGUGGAGCAACUGAAUCUCUUCCUGGACUUGCUGCAAUCGUACAAGGACCUGUGUGAACGGCACGAGAAGGGUGUCCUGCAUGAACACCAGAGGGCUCUGCAGAAGUACACCGUGAUGAAGAGGCAGAUGAUGAGUGCCGCCGUGCAGCCUAAAGAACAGGUGGAGCAGCUGGAGUCCCGCAUCGUCCAGCAGGAGAAUGCCAUCCAGACGAUGGAGUUGCGCAACUACUUCUCCCUGUUUUGCGCACACCAGGAGAGCCAGCUGGUGUUCACCUACCUGCCCAUCACCUCCCACAUCCUGGGGGCCUUCAUUAGCUCCCACGUGCAGGGCCACCGAGAGAUGGGCCAGGUGUGGGCCAGCCUUCAUUCUAAGAUGAGUGGCCUCUUCCCCAGCAGUAAUGGCCUCCAGUCUCCUCCCCUCAGUCCAAAAUAGGCAUCUUGCCUAGAGGUGGGUGAAGUGGUGAAUUGAGCCAUUCUCCCACUUCCUGAACCUCGAUGAACAACUUCCUUUCUUUUCCUGUACCCUACAAAAAACACUACUAUGCAUUUCAUAUAGAUCAAUGGGAACCUAAGGCUUCUCUGUCGCUUGUUGUGUGUUUGUAUGCAUAAGGCAUGGUGCAUGUAUGAAGAGGGCUUUCAGUUCUGUGCUAUCAGUACUUUAUGCUGUGCUUGAUGGCAGACAGACAUCAGCAUAAUUCUGGGGAGAACUGUAUUCACUCUAAUGCAGAUUAGAUUAAAUAACAUUUUGGCUUUGGCCACUGCAUUGAGCCCUGCAUACUAAAUAUGUUGCUGCAAAGCCAAGAAUGCUGAGCACACAUGUAAUAGGAAUUACAUUUCGUAUUGUAGAACAUUGUCCUGAAUAUUUUUUGUAACAUUUGUAUUGUUAUAGGUGCAAUACUGCUGAGAAAUACUCUGAUUAAAUAUAUAUUCAUACUUGCAGCCACAUGAUGGCUGUGUUGCACAGAAUAUGGAGUAUAUGGAGUCCAUAAUUCUAAGAGAUUUGUAAGAAAUAGCACACGAUGACAAGAUUACUACUUUAGAUCUUACUUUAUAUAACUGGUUAGACCAGAGCUGCAGUUUAUUGUUAAUUUAGUCUAUGACCAGAAGAGAUUUUUUUAACAGCUAAAAUAAUGCUAAUUAGUUUUAUUCAAGACAUGUUGGUUACUUAUUCUUCUAACGUGUCAAAUUGUGAAGUAUCUGUAGCUGCCAACCUCCAAACCGGGGGUAUGGGCCCCUACUCCAAUAAGCACAAUAAUGUGAGCAACAGCAAAAGUAUAAACAUUUUUAGAGGAACUGGCACAACCAAAGAAUUGUUCUCACCUUUUGUUAAAUCACCAAGGCAUGUCUAAAUAGUUUUGCUUAGGACUGAUUACAUCUCAGGUUGAAAUAUUAAGGAAAACUAGACUAAAAUCAUUAAUAGUAUUAAAUGUUGUAAAUGUGUUUAUAAUAAAUUGUAGUUCAUGAGCCUACAUAGCUUAUUAAAACAGGAGAAAAAAGAUUUAUCGCCUGUGUACUCUUCUCAGACCAUUUGUGCCACUCUUAUGCCCUAUAAUAGUGUCUUGAUUCUUCCUUUGAAUAGCAUUAACAACAUAUUACUCAUCAUUCUGGAUUCAGUAUCUAUUUGCUUUAUAGCUCUUUAUUUUACAGGAAUUUUUUUUUUUUUAAUAAUUCUUAAAAUAGACUACAUGGUAUAUUUUCUGUCACUUGAUGGCUCUCCAGUGCCAGUUUGCCCUCUGGUGGCGUUAUGAGCAAAUUACAGAAGUUCAAUUUCUUGUUGAAUGCAUAGUGUGGGAAUCCCUGAGAAGUACUCACAUCAAUGAGGUGGCUGCCCUUUUGUUUGUACACCUUCAUUAUAUGUAUUUUUUUGGCUAAAGAACAAUAAAGCAAGAUAAUGCCAGAA